AUUUCAUGUACGGUGCCGCAUUUCGGUGCUCAUUCAACGAGCGACGAUUGCCCGCGCGCCGGUCUCGCACGCUCUCUCGUUGAUAACACGUAACUCAGUAAUGGUCCUGUGACAGAAUAAACCCCCAGUGACUUGUGUAUCGUGUGUUUUGUGAAUUAUCAUCGCGAAAAAUUUCGAUCGGAAAAUUAUUCAUAUGAAUAUGGACUUGGCUAAAGGAGCUACAUCAAUGCGUUGUUCAUGGAUGUCUUUUUAACUGGUUUUCCCAAAAGGCUAUUGGUGGCUGCAUCCGUAGUUGUUAUAAUAGCCAUGUGUAUAAUGCCGACUGAAAGUGCCAGCCUGCCUCAUAAGAAACGCCAUCAAAGACAGUCAGAAAACAUGGCGCAACUUACCAAAGAUAUGUCAGCAUCGCUGAAACGACCAAAAAACCUCAGUGUAGAGAAUUAUAAAAUCGCGACUAGAAAAAUCAAACACAAGUUAAGGAACACGAAAAGGUUCUUCGAUCAAGAUAAGAAAGUAUUGAACGAAACAAAAGAAUAUCGGGACGGUAUGCCGUCUUGGCUGCCAGCUGUAAAUUUUGUGGACAUACAUUUCCACGAGUACAGAUCGUCGAGGAAAUUUGGGAAAUCGAUUUCAGAACGAAAGUUUACCUAUCUGAUGCCGAAGCUAUACAAAUCGUUGCGAGAAUACGAAGUGAUCUUCAAAAGGCUACGCAACGUACAAGUCGACCUAUCCGACGAUCCGUUUAACACCUACGUCGCAACCCGAGGAAAACUGUUAGCCGACACGUUAGACCGGCUUUACAGCACCAUCGCUGAAAUAACUGAGAACAUGGUGGCAGUGAACAUGCCCGUGCCGGCGUUCGAUAAGGGCAAGAUGAAAUUGGACUCAUUGGCCAUGAAAGUGGACGCGACGCAGUGUCUCAAAAACGACUACAUUGCGUUCAGGGGCUAUGGUAACUUACUCAAUAAUUGGUAUUCGGAAUUCAAAUGCCCACUCAACAAGAAAGAUAGGAAAUGCGCAGAUUUCCACGCGAAGCUGAGAGAAAAGAGCAAUAAGCGGCCGAAGAAUAAAAAGUCGAGUCAAGGAUAGACUUUUUGUAUAAUUUAUUGUUUGUGAUGUAUUGUCGCUUGUACUUAUUUAUUGUUAGAUGUAAGUGUUCGCUCUCUGACGUGUUAUACUGAGUUGCUCGACGAAACGUUUUGUUGAUUAAGUAAUGGGUACUCGCUCUGUGAUAUUUAGUAUUCUCUAGUUAGUGAUUUUAAUUUAUUGAACUAGUACUUAAGUUUAAUUUAGUUCCUCUGUUUCUGUGUACCUAUC